GAAAGCGGAAGCGAAGCAAAUUUCUCGGGGCUUUCCGCUUCUCCUUUUUGCUCUGCUGAUAAUCCUAGGGCAUCACAGAGAGAGACGAGAGAGAGGUGGAUCGAGAUCUAACGCUGCCAGUCGCGCUGACCCAGAUUUGACGUCGGGGACGAUGAGCGGAAUAGCCUUAGUCCUUGAGCUCGCGAGGAAGAACCCCACCUUCCCUUCCGCCCAAUCUCUGCACUCCUACGGACAUUUCUCCGCCGCCGCCUCCUCCGCCGCCGCCGCCGCCGCCGCCGCUCCUUUCGCGGCGCGAUUCCUCUUCGGCAGUUUUAGGUUACCUGUGGCAUACUGCGAUGCCGGGACAGCACAGUCUGAAGAUUAUGUUUCUAGUACACAAAGUAAUUUCGAGAAUAUACUGCAUGAGGAGUCUUUGACACAUGGCGCCAAGAUAUACAAAAUAGAGAUGAAGCCUCUCUUUUCAGCUUUUGAGUUUAGGACAUUUGCCUUGACUUCGUUAAGGUCUUUUCUACAGUCCUAUUUGCCUCUUAUACAGUCCAGUAUCCAGGAGGAAGAGGAUGAGAAUUUCCUGCAGGAUGCGAGGGAGGAGCAUCCUGUAGAUUUGGUUGUUCCCUUCAAAAAUUCUGUCAAGCAAAUCAUUCGGGAGACUACAGUUGUAACUACUAGACGGGUAUUGGAAAGGCUUGCUGUCCAAUAUAUUUCACAGAGAAUGGCAUGGAAACUUCUUAAAGAUGUUCCCAAAUCCACUACACGCAAGGCACAAAGAGGGAUGCCAACUCUAGUUUAUAUAUGCAGUGUUAGCAGGACAACUUUUAGAGGGCAGUUACUAGGAACUGCGGCAACAUGGCUGGUUCAAGUAGGAAUUGAAACUUACCGAUGCUUGUCUUGUAUAUUCAAGUCCAAGGAAGAAGAUGAAGUUGAUCCAGUAGAGCAAGUUGUAAUUCUCGGGAAGAAGGUCUAUAUAGUUACUAUGAAGUGUAGUGCAUCCCUGAUUUUUGCUUCGAUCGGGGCAGGGAUUGGUGCCACAAUCGUGCGCCCUUCACUGGGGCAGUGGAUUGGCUGUGCUCUCGGCGACUUAGCUGGCCCUAUUAUUGUGUCAUUUUGCUUGGAGAAAUAUCUCCAGUUGGCUAUAUGAAGUAUUGGCUUCCAAUUCUCUCGCAUGGAGCUACCCCAAAAAUUCAGGGUCUAGCUAGACUUGAAGCAUUAACUGAUGAUGCCACUUGCUUGAUGAUGUCCAUUGGAAGUGGUUGUUGAGGCCAGAUGCUGCAGUUCAAAUCAUUUAUCAAAUUCACACCAAUCGGUGUGGUUCCUUCAUUUGGACGUGAAGUCAAUCGCAUUUUGCUUCGGAAUCGCAACCCUACAUUGUGUCCGUCAUGAUAUGAACGAUAGUGUAUUUGAGAUAUUCCUUCAUUUAGACGUGAAGUCAAUUGCAUUUUGCUUCAGAAUCGCAACCCCACAUUGUGUCCGUCAUUAUAUGAACUAUAGUGUAUUUGAGAUAAUUCUACAGCAACUUAAUCAAGUUUUGUGGAAUUGUGCUGCAAUUUGCUCUAGCGUACCAUGUAACCAGAUUUUUUCCACUCUAAUAAUCAUCUCAGGGCAUUAUUGUUUUGACU